AUGAUAUUUAAUAAUCAUCUAUUUCUUAUUUAUAUUUUCUUAUUCUUUAUAUCAUUGUAUAAUGCUAAUACAUUAACCUUUACAAUAUCAUCAGAUUUUGAUUUAUCAUGGGAUAAUUGCGGACCUAGUGAAGAUCCAGUUCAAUUGAAGAGCCUUGAUAUUAGUCCUGAUCCAAUUAGAGUACCAGGAAAUAUUACUAUUACUGGUUCUGUUGAUGUAACAUCUCAAAUUCCAACAGAUGUUCAUGCAGUAGUUUUUAUGCAACGUAAAGUUGGACCAUUUUUUGUAAAAGUUCCAUGUGUUGAUAAUUUUGGUUCAUGUAAUUAUGAUAAUGUUUGUGAGCUAUGGGCUAAGUUUUGUUCAAAGAUGCAUCUAUCACAAUAUGGUUUACCAUGUGAAUGUCCUAUUCCUGCAGAUACAUAUUCUGUAUCAAAUGCAAAUAUAUUUGUAAAUAAAAAUUUACCAUCGGAAUUAUUAGGCGAAUAUCGAACAACAGUUGAUAUUGGUUCAAAUGAAAACCAUAUCGCCUGUAUUAAUAUUGAUUUAACAAUUAAGAAAUAA